CGAUCCAACAAGGCUCACCAGAACGUCGGAGCAUUUGCAAAUGUCCAUAGGUGCAGGCUCGAUCUAACAGGCACCAAUACUGUACAAGUGGUUUCCCGCUAUCAAUCCCCUUCCAUGUCAACUUGUGCUGACGUCGCAGUCAAGGAAAUAAUUUUGAGAGGCGAUACAGACAUGUUGACGAUUAUCAAUCGAUUGUUCAGAGAGGUUACGAUAUGGCUGAAACUUAAACACAAGAAUAUCGUUCCUCUUUGGGGAGUUACAGAUGGCUUUGGCUCCCUCCCAGCACUUGUCUUGCCAUGGUUAGAAAAUGGAGCGCUGACCGGAUACCUUCAACGUGAGCACGAAAGGCUUUCUUACACCGAAAAGUUUGCACUGCUGAAGGACAUAGCUGAAGGGCUUCAGUAUCUGCAUUCGCGGUCAGUUACCCAUGGUGACUUGAGCGGCAAUAACGUUCUCGUCGAUAAAGAUGGAAAAGCAAGCCUCGCCGAUUUUGGACUCUCUGCUCUUGUUCCUGAGAGAAUAAGUCAAGCAUUGAUGCCAACCAACAACGGAGGCGCCAUAGCCUACAUGCCGCCAGAAUACCUGGCGGUCGAUUAUGAAGGCAAUGCAUCAGCGCCGGUAUUCUCUCCGAAAAGUGAUGUAUACUCUUUCGGAGGGAUCAUGCUACAGGUAUUGGAGGGCAAGGUCCCAUACCAUUACAUCCGCAACCAUGCAGUCAUAAUGACCACCAUAUUACGCGGGAAAAAGCCCAGAAGGCCGUCCGCUCCUGUUGUCAGGGACAGCGACUGGAAUUUCAUGGAGAGUUGUUGGUUAGAAGAUAUGGAGCGUCGGCCCUCUGACGAAGACAUACUGGAAUUCGUGGAAGAACGGGCUAGAAUUUAGUCCUAAUUAAUGUUACCUUUGUACUUGUUUUUUUCAUCGCGUGUAGAUUAGGAAGCAUGGAGGUUGUCUGGACACAA